AUGAGAGGCACAGAGCUGCCGGCUGCAUCCAUCCCUUCCCAGUGGGGUCCCGGAGCCUGCAAGCCUUCGGUGCCUAUUUCUUCACUUGCGUGGCACACAGCUGACGCCAUGAACUUGGCCGCUGUCAUCUUGCUGCUUGUGCUCCUGCGAGUCUUGUAUCAGAGCCGUCUCUAUGGCAGCCUCAGAGUCGGCUCAUUCCUUUGCCAGCUGUAUGAUGAGAAUGGCGGCCCUGGGGUCCCGGCGCGCACUCUGAGAGGCCUUCCGGAACUGCGCUAUCUGAAUGUGGCCUCUGGUAUCGCGACACGGUACCUGGUGAAGACUUUCCGAGCACAUCGGGUCACCAGUGAGAAGUUGUACCAAGCCCAACAUGAGCUUCACUUCCAAGCGGCCACCUAUCUCUGCCUCUUGCGUAGCAUAGCUCUUCAUCAGGAAUUUCAUGGCAAGGGUGAGCGUUCAGUGGAGAAGUCUGCUGGUUUGGUGGGCCUCCAGUUGCCCCGUCAGCCUGGAGGGAAGGGCUGGGAGCCAUGAUGGAGAGAGCCCUCAGAUGUCCCUUCAUUCAAGAAUUUAACCAUUUCUACUAAUAUGUAUUUAUCAUUAAAUAUUUUUAAAACUGUUAAAA